AUGACUGGUUGUCUCGAUAAAACUUAUGGAUGUGGUAUGGAGAUGUCUUUCCUUUCGAAAAGUCUUCUGAAUACCUCGAUCAGUUCCCGACGUUUCAAAUCCGCACAGAAAUGGCUCGGAUACAUUUUCCGAAAUUAUGAAUACUGUGAAAACGAUCGACCAGAAAGGAGGAAAACUUCAAGAGCGAAUAAAACAGUUCCACAAAAUAAUUUAGUUGAAAAGCAAGAAUGGCGAUACCGAGAUGAUGGAUUUGCUGAAGCGUUAUUGGACAUCGCUCGAACGUCAUCAGGGAAGCAAUUAAGAAAAACGAAAAGUUGCCAGAAUCUCUUCGAAAAGCAUGAGAAAUCAAUAAUCAAUUGUGACAAACCAUUUUCCUGGUAUCCUGAGCUGAUGGUUUAUUACGAACUUCUCGAAGAACCUGCUAAUGUCGCCGCCACGAACAGACAACCGACGAAUAUUGAUGAAGCGCGCGUCAUAAUGAAUCCUGACGAGAAUCCACCCAUCGAUGAAUUUUAUCCGUAUGAGCAAGGUGUGCUAGAGGAACCAAUGUACGCUGCCUAUGGGAUGGAAGCACAAGUCGAUUAUCAGGCAGAUGUUAUCAUGUUCCCCUGCAUAGCGCCAACCGUUUUUGUUGAAGUCACAGUUUAUCCCGAUGGAACACGCACUGUCUCAACUCAAAUGGUUCCCAACACUGACAUUCAUUCCAAUGAAAUGAAUAACAUUGAAGGCGCUUGCAAUGUUCCAGUGGCAUACAAUCACGAGCCUCCUGUGGUCACGAUGACAGAACUCGGCGAGAUGAACGCAACUCAUGUAUUUCAAGUGGGCGGAACAGAUGUGUUGUCGCUCGUCUUGAUGAAUGUUAUGGCGCCACAACAACCGUUCUUAAAAUACGAUCCGAAUAAUAAUGAAUCGCAGUACAAUCAUGAUCCACAACAAAUCCAAAAUGAUCCUAGCAUUCGCUCUGCGCACAUUUCACUAGCGGUAUUUGAUUAUGAAAUGACCGCCCGCGUUGCAUCAGAUGUUGUUUGCAAUUGGCAUCUUAAAGAUGCUGAAACUGCGCUUAUCUUUUUGCAUAAAGAAAACCAGCGUCGAUACAGCGCGUAUCUCUGCAAGUAUUGCUUAAAAGCAUUCUACAUUUGGACAUCGCGUGGAAAUAAUGAGGUUUAUGAGCAGAUGAGUCGCCUCUUGAGAAAUCAUUUCCCAUAUACGGUCAUUCAAUAUGAAGCUUUUCGUAAAGCUUUCGCAAACGGAUCGAGCAUUGUGCAUUCGCUGAUUGAAAAUUUUGAAAAUUGCCAGGAAGGCAUUUACCUUGAGCAGUUCUUCCAGUCAAUUCCGCCAACUCGAUUGUUUGCUGACGUGCUGAAACACCGCGCGGAGAGCAAUAAAUUGGACGUCUUGAACCGAAUUCGUGAGAAUGUGCUUCAUCUCAAAAGCUAUUUGCCGCUUCAUGAGUAUUACAAAUACUUCAUGACGACUCUCCCAUCCAUUGUUUAUGUUUGCUGUAAGCAUCCCUACGACGUCAUCCAGCUCAAUAUCAUUGUCAUCGAUGAUUUCGGAUUCUACUAUUCGCUUCCAUUCUGUUAUCAGUGCAUGCUUGAGGAAGAAUACAACGAGCGUGAAAUAUCCGUCGAGCUACAAGCAGCUUUGUUGAAAUAUUACCGUACAGCUGAUGACGGUCUUCUGAGAGAGGUGUUCAAUGGACCCAUGAAGCCAGAACCGGUGGCGCGUGUACGCCGAAACAGUAUCUAA